AUGGGAAGAAAUAUAGAGUCAGCGUUUCCAUCGAGAGUGAUUGACGUCCUUGGAAGAGAUGGACAAUCUGUUACUCUAGUCGAGAAAGAGAGCAUUUCACAAAAUACAGGCUCUUAUGCAACACUCAGCCAUUGUUGGGGCAAAGCUCGACUUCUCACGACUCUCAAGAGUACGUUCGCAAAGUACAAGCAAGGCAUCUUAUGGGGAGCAUUGCCAAAGACUUUCCAGGAUGCCAUCCUUAUUGUCCGAGCACUUGGUCUUCGAUAUAUUUCGAUUGAUAGUUUAUGCAUCAUCCAGGAUGAUGAUGAUGAUUGGAGGAAGCAAUCUGUCCUCAUGGCGGAUGUUUACAGCAAUAGUUAUCUGAAUAUUGCAGCCACAGGUUCUUCAGACAGCAGAGGUGGUUGUUUUGGUUCAAGGACCGUCAAGUAUGGUAUUUCGAAGUCCCUCGAUAUUGCGCCGCAACUCAUAUCUUUGGAGACUGGGCAGCAAUCUUCGGAGAAUAUAUAUGUUAGGCCAUCCUUCGAAGAAGGACAUCAUAGGUUUAUCACCCCUACCAGAGAACAAUUUAACACCUCUAAAGACAGCGUCACUCCGCUGCUCACACGCGCAUGGGUCUUUCAAGAACGACAGCUAGCCCCUCGUACAGUACAUUUUCAUCCUUCGGAAAUGAUAAUGGAGUGUAAAGCCGUUCUUCGCUGUGAGUGCACUGUUUUGGACAGGCUUUCUGCAAAAAUCAACAAAAAUUCACCUGAUCAUGAUCUGAACCUUUUGGACGAGAGUGAAGUACUCGGCAAAUGGUUUGAAAUAGUGGAGGAAUAUUCGCGAUUGCACCUAACGAAAGAGUCAGAUAGACUAAUAGCUGUUGCUGGAGUAGCUACGAUCUUCCAAAAACGUCUCAAGUGCCGCUACCUGGCAGGGAUAUGGCAAUGUGAUAUUGCUCGAGGCCUUUUAUGGAGCGUAUCUAGAUACACAUUCUCGAAUAGUAAACGAAGUAUGAUACGCCCAAAAAAACCAUGUGCUCCAAGCUGGUCGUGGGCAUCACUGAUUCUGGACCAGAGAGGGACGUCAAUAGUUUUCAGAUCGACUCCCGGAGAUUCUUUCUCGGUACACGAACAGUUUAGAUAUGUAGAUCACAUGGGUACUGCAGACCCAAAUAUAAUUCCAGAUCUCAGAAUCGAUUCGAGAAUCGACCGCAUCCAGGUCCAAGGCUUGCUAACUUCUGCAAAGUUAGUCCACAAUAUAAGAUGUGGCCCUUUAUUAAGACGCAGAACAUUGGUAUUGAGGUUAGGUCCAGGAGCGAAAGAGUCAAGCAUUGACAUCGAGUCACAGAAUUCUACUGGUAUGAUUGAAACAUUUGUUCCCAGCGGAACUAUCAUAUUCUGCUUGCUUGUUGGAACCAAAACUGUACUGAAUCCUCGUGAGGAUACUCAGAUGAUUUGGUUGUGUACUUUGGUGUGCAAAGCUGCUAAGUUUGGAGUGGAAACAAUUUACAAACGCAUUGGAAUCUUUGAUGUGUGGGAAGGUGCCAGCGUAUUCUAUGGUGCAACGGAGAAAAUCAUCGCAAUUGUUUGA